UUGGGUACGAAUUAAACUGAAAGAGGAUCAAGAGACCGGAAGAAAACGGGAAGAUCGGAGGAAAGAAGUAAGCUUACCUCCAGUAAGAUGUACAGACAAUUUUCCAGGCUUCAAGACUUGAAAGCUGCUCAGAACCUCGCAGUCUUUAUUGCGGUGAAAAGGAAAUCCUUCAAGUGUCUUUCUACCUCUCGGUUGAAUCGCGACGAGACGUUAAACAAAACCUUCGCGUUGAACUUUCUUCACAGGACAUUUGCUCUUCCAGCUGACUAUUUUGUAAGAAAAGCAUCUGGAAUGCAGCCCUGUAAGUUUCUAGGGAAAAUUCACGUUGUGAAAAAUGAGGGAGACGAACAACGUUUAGUGCAAGAAGGUGUAGUUUGUAAGGAUUUUGAGAGACAGGACGCUCUUGGCAUGGACUUAGAAUAUGUUAAUGAAAGUCCACUCCAAAGAAUCUGUUUAAUUCAACUGGCCUCAAAGGAAAAUGCAGUUUUAUGGACGUGUAAUGAGGGUCAUUUUCGUGAUAAACUCCCUCCUUAUUUGUUAUCCAUCAUCACAGGUAAUGUUCUAAAGGUGGGCCAUGACCUUGCUCAAGAUGUUGUCCUUCUCCAGAAGAAUUAUGGAGAGUGUACAAAUAACUUUGUAGAUACCCUUACUUGGGCAAAAGAAAUGAACUGUGAUCCAUUGAACCUCAGAGCAAUGUGUGCUAUUUUUCUUCAUGAACGACUUUCCAAACUUCUUCAACAAUCAGACUGGUCAAAAGAUUUGACUGAGAAACAAAUUUUGUAUGCUGCUACAGAUGCGUGGGCUUCACUGAGGGUCUAUGAGGAAAUGAAAAGGUAA